AGCAAUGUCACUUGGUGACUUGGCAAGCUGCUCAUCACAUACAGCAAUACAAGAUGAAUGAUGGACACAAUACAAGAUUCCACAGCAGAUUGAAAUGGUAGCUGCUGUAGGAUACGCUGACUUUUUUGCAAGAUGCACAGGGACAGGGCUGGAACUAGACUAUCGUAGAGAUAUGGCACCCAUUCCAGCGUGAGUCUGCUGACACUGGAUCUGAGCCGGCGACAGAACUGUAUGGUUUCAGAAAUGUCUACAGCUCAGCCACGCAUGCUCGUCCACAUCGGGGAUGGAAGAACUUUUUCAAGGACAAGAUUUCUGUCUUUACUAAACACCUACAACUGCUUUUUGAAGGACAAGACUCAUCUGCAGCUCACUGUCAAUGAGAACACUGCUGGUCAGGUGACCCUCGAGGGAUUCCUGGUCGUCUCUUGGGGCAUGAAGAGACCAAUCCGCCUCAAAAUCCAAGAUGAGAAACAGAUGGUGGCGUGGAACCACUCCAAGUCUCAGGCAUAUUCUCCAGACGCCAUCAGCCCACUUGGAAAUAAGAGGGGUAUGACCCGAUGGGGAGAAUUCGACAAUCUCAAUCACAUUGAUGAACUAGAAGAACCUUUUCAAGAUGGUUCAGAGACGCUCGACAGCUGUGCUGCAGACUACAGGCAGUAUGAGAGCCAGACACUGAGGGUGGGCCGAAACGAACCCAUCACAGUGAGGUCCAUCCUGUUCCGCACCAUGAGUGACGCCUCUCUGGUGAAGAAGAGAGUGAAGACCAAGGGGGCAGAGGAGAGACAGAGUAACAGACAGCAUCGCUUCUCCAUUAACGGCCAUUUCUAUAAUUAUAAGACAUCGAUAUUUACCCCAUCCUAUGGGACAGCAACAAUCGUCUGCGCAAACAGCACAAUGAGGACACAAGAGGUCAUCUGGCAGCUCCUACAUAAAUUUAAGAUAGAAAAUGAUCCCAGUGAAUUUGCCUUGUAUUGCAUUCAUCAGAGUGGAGAAAAGAAAAAGCUGGGCAGCUCAGACCUUCCACUUUGGGAGCGUUUUCUUCAAGGGCCAUCUGAAGACAUCAUGAGAAUCUUUCUCAUGGACACUGAUGAGCAGGAAGUUAGCAUGGACGUAGCACAGUAUGUGAAUUUAGAGCUGCCUAUUCUCCAACGAGUCCUGCGGAAGCUACACGAGGAGGAGAACAAAGAGAUACAGCGUGUCGUCAACAAGUACAGGCACGAACACAGUCUCCUAACACAAUGCCUGAACUCAAAGAUGACACCAAAGACAGAGACGACAGUGUGAAAGAAAGAGUCCUGGAAGACUAAAAGCCUGGAAGUGGUUUUUUCCCCAUUCAGUUCCACAAGCAGAUUUAUAUAUGUUUUAUAAUAAGGGUUAUUAUAAAAUGUAAAUGAACUGUCUAGCUUUAUGUAAUUGUACUAUAUAUUUUAAUAAUGCAUCUGUCUUACUGUAAUUUAAAAUCUCCAGGUUCAAUUAUAAAUAUUAUUAAUAGACAUUAUUCUAAAGGAGCAGUAACCAGGGAUAAUAGGAGGAAAAAAAAGUCAGAGGCUACUGUAAAAACAGUGUCGUGGCAGUAAAUGAACAAUGAGGCUCCAGCUGGUGUGUUAGUCCAGGGCUUUGGCAGUCGUGGCCUCAGUCUGCUGCUCUGAGUAAAUGCUGAACACAGUCGUUCUUCCACAGAAGUUCCAUAUUAUUCCCAUCACUAUCCAAAUCCAACUUUCCAGCUGAAUGUUAUGUAUUUAUUAUCAUGUACAUUUAUGGUUGUGUGCAAAGGCUUGUAUUUCUCAUGGUUUCUGAUUGAGAAAAUAAAGAAGAAAUGUACUUCUACAACAACAACAACAACAA